AUGGCACCUUACAGGGAACACGGCACCUUACAGGGAACAUGUCACCUUACAAGGAACAUGGCACCUUACAGGGAACAUGGCACCUUACUGGGAACACGGCACCUUACUGGGAACAUGGCACCUUACAGGGAACAUGGCACCUUACAGGGAACACGGCACCUUACAGGGAACACGGCACCUUACAGGGAACAUGUCACCUUACAAGGAACAUGGCACCUUACAGGGAACAUGGCACCUUACUGGGAACACGGCACCUUACUGGGAACAUGGCACCUUACUGGGAACACGGCACCUUACUGGGAACAUGGCACCUUACUGGGAACAUGGCACCUUACUGGGAACACGGCACCUUACUGGGAACACGGCACCUUACUGGGAACACGGCACCUUACUGGGAACAUGGCACCUUACAGGGAACAUGGCACCUUACAGGGAACAUGGCACCUUACAGGGAACAUGGCACCUUACAGGGAACAUGGCACCUUACUGGGAACACGGCACCUUACUGGGAACAUGGCACCUUACAGGGAACAUGGCACCUUACAGGGAACAUGGCACCUUACUGGGAACAUGGCACCUUACAGGGAACAUGGCACCUUACUGGGAACAUGGCACCUUACUGGGAACACGGCACCUUACAGGGAACAUGGCACCUUACAGGGAACACGGCACCUUACUGGGAACAUGGCACCUUACUGGGAACAUGGCACCUUACUGGGAACAUGGCACCUUACUGGGAACAUGGCACCUUACUGGGAACACGGCACCUUACUGGGAACACGGCACCUUACUGGGAACACGGCACCUUACAGGGAACAUGGCACCUUACUGGGAACAUGGCACCUUACUGGGAACACGGCACCUUACUGGGAAUACUGGCACCUUACUGGGAACAUGGCACCUUACUGGGAACACGGCACCUUACUGGGAACAUGGCACCUUACUGGGAACACGGCACCUUACUUUGACAUGGGGGAACAUGGCACCUUACUGGGAACAUGGCACCUUACUGGGAACACGGCACCUUACAGGGAACAUGGCACCUUACAUGGCACCUUACUGGGAACACGGCACCUUACAGGGAACAUGGCACCUUACUGGGAACAUGGCACCUUACUGGGAACACGGCACCUUACAGGGAACAUGGCACCUUACAGGGAACACGGCACCUUACUUACACUGGGAACACGGCACCUUACUGGGAACACACUUACAGGGAACACGGCACCUUACAGGGAACACGGCACCUUACUGGGAACAUGGCACCUUACAGGGAACACGGCACCUUACUGGGAACACGGCACCUUACUGGGAACAUGGCACCUUACAGGGAACACGGCACCUUACAGGGAACACGGCACCUUACUGGGAACAUGGCACCUUACAGGGAACACGGCACCUUACUGGGAACAUGGCACCUUACAGGGAACAUGGCACCUUACAGGGAACACGGCACCUUACUGGGAACACGGCACCUUACUGGGAACACGGCACCUUACUGGGAACACGGCACCUUACAGGGAACAUGGGAACACGGCACCUUACUGGGAACAUGGCACCUUACUGGGAACACGGCACCUUACUGGGAACAUGGCACCUUACUGGGAACACGGCACCUUACAGGGAACACACCUUACAGGCACACUUACUGGGAACACGGCACCUUACUGGGAACAUGGCACCUUACUGGGAACACGGCACCUUACAGGGAACAUGGGAACAUGGCACCUUACUGGGAACACGGCACUUACUGGCACCUUACUUACUGGGAACAUGUCACCUUACAGGCACCUUACUGGGAACACGGCACCUUACUGGGAACAUGGCACCUUACUGGGAACAUGGCACCUUACUGGGAACAUGGCACCUUACUGGGAACAACAGGGAACAUGGCACCUUACAGGGAACACGGCACCUUACUGGGAACACGGCACCUUACAGGGAACACGGCACCUUACUGGGAACACGGCACCUUACUGGGAACACGGCACCUUACUGGGAACACGGCACCUUACUGGGAACACGGCACCUUACUGGGAACAUGGCACCUUACUGGCACCUUACAGGGAACACGGCACCUUACUGGGAACACGGCACCUUACUGGGAACACGGCACCUUACAGGGAACAUGGCACCUUACAGGGAACACGGCACCUUACUGGGAACAUGGCACCUUACAGGGAACACGGCACCUUACUGGGAACACGGCACCUUACUGGGAACACGGCACCUUACUGGGAACACGGCACCUUACAGGGAACAUGGCACCUUACUGGGAACACGGCACCUUACUGGGAACAUGGCACCUUACAGGGAACAUGGCACCUUACUGGGAACACGGCACCUUACUGGGAACACGGCACCUUACUGGGAACACGGCACCUUACUGGGAACACGGCACCUUACUGGGAACACGGCACCUUACAGGGAACAUGGCACCUUACUGGGAACACGGCACCUUACAGGGAACAUGGCACCUUACUGGGAACACGGCACCUUACAGGGAACAUGGCACCUUACAGGGAACAUGGCACCUUACAACAUGGCACCUUACUGGGGGAACAUGGCACCUUACUGGGAACAUGGCACCUUACUGGGAACAUGGCACCUUACUGGGAACUCGGAACAUGGCACCUUACAGGGAACAUGGCACCUUACUGGGAACACGGCACCUUACUGGGAACACGGCACCUUACAAGGAACACGGCACCUUACUGGGAACAUGGCACCUUACUGGGAACACGGCACCUUACUGGGAACACGGCACCUUACAGGGAACAUGGCACCUUACUGGGAACACGGCACCUUACUGGGAACACGGCACCUUACUGGGAACAUGGCACCUUACUGGGAACAUGGCACCUUACUGGGAACAUGGCACCUUACUGGGAACAUGGGAACACAGUACAGGGAACACGGCACCUUAACAUGGCACCUUACUGGGAACACGGCACCUUACAGGGAACAUGGCACCUUACUAACAGGCACCUUACUGAACAUGGCACCUUACAGGGAACAUGGCACAGUACAGAGAACAUGGCACCUUACAGGGAACAUGGCACCAGUACAGGGAACAUGGCACCUUACAGGGAACAUGGCACACAGUACAGGGAACAUGGCACCUUACAGGGAACAUGGCAAAUUACAGGGAACAUGGCACCUUACAGGGAACAUGACACAGUACAGGGAACACGGCACCUUACAGGGAACAUGGCACCUUACAGGGAACAUGGCACAGUACAGGGAACAUGGCACCUUACAGGGAACAUGGCACCUUACAGAGAACAUGGCACAGUACAGGGAACAAGGCACCUUACAGGGAACAUGGCACCUUACAGGGAACAUGGCACCUUACAGGGAACAUGGCACCUUACAGGGAACAUGGCACCUUACAGGGAACAUGGCACCUUACAGGGAACAUGGCACCUUACAGGGAACAUGGCACCUUACAGGGAACAUGACACAGUACAGGGAACACGGCACCUUACAGGGAACAUGGCACCUUACAGGGAACAUGGCACCUUACAAGGAACACGGCAUCUUACAGGGAACAUGGCACCUUACAGGGAACAUGACACAGUACAGAGAACAUGA